CACAUCACACAUACGACAACUCAGUUGAGAGCGAUCACAGCACACUGAAAGAAAAUCAGUAACGAUAAUUGGCCGAACUUGCACAACAAAUUCUAAAUUCAAAUAAAAAGCACCUGGAAAAAAAGAAAAAAAUUAACUUCACCCUCAAUUAUAUAAUAAAAUUGUUUCCCUCAAAUCUUAAUAAAGUGUUGUAUAUUGGGAAAUAUAAAUGUAUAUUUUAAAAUUUGCUAAUACCGUUAGUUGCCGACGUGUAGGUCAUGUCAGAAAUUUAGCUUAAUUCUUCAAAAAAUUAAACACAAAUAAACGGAUAAUAAUAAAAAAACUUAAAACCAAAAACUCUUUAAAAAAAACUCUUGUUUAAAACAACAUAUUUAAUUAUUCUAUUUAACAUUUGCUAUCCACCUGUAUGGGAAAAGUUAUGAGAUUGAAAUUUACCUCAACGCCUCCUCGAAAAACUGCCUUCGAAACGCAACAAUUUUCAAAUAAUAGUUUACGUUUAAAAUUGAAAAAAUUGGAAUUAUUUUACAUGUUUAAUAAUUUGUGCAAGAGAAAAACUUUAUUAAAUUUAAAUAAACACUUGACUUUAUUGCCGUUACAAACAAAGCUAUCAAUUCAAAAAUAUUACGAUAUAUUCUAAUACAAAAAAAGGAAACUGAAAAACAAAAUAAACAUAAAUUUAAAGUGAAAUUGUGAAGCGCGUUUAGUGAAAUAAAAAAAAAUCAGUAUCAAUUUACAGAAAUAAAAUUUGUUUUACUACAGUUCCAUGAUUAAAGCCUAUAUAUUGAAUUAUCGGUACAUAUACAAUAAUUUGGAGUUGUUUAAGUAAAGAUUUUGUUUGUUAAACGCGGCCUAUACACUUUUUACUUUUUUGAUUUCACCGCAAACGCCCGUCAACACUCAAAGCCGUCGAAAUGGUUGGUGUUGCACCCAGUUCAGAUGCCGGCGAGCUGUCAACGAAAAAAAAUCCCAUGAUUAAAUUCAUGCUGAAGGAACGUGAAAAUCAUGCCAAAAAUCAGGAUCACGAUUAUUCGCAUGUCUUUCGCAAGAGAACGCGUUUCGAAAUGUUUCGUUUGUCGGCCAUAGCCAUGGCUAUAGAGUUUGCUUAUGCUGCGGAGACUUCAUUUGUUUCACCGAUUCUCCUGCAAAUUGGUGUAGAUCACAAAGUCAUGACCAUGGCAUGGGGUCUUUCGCCUUUGCUGGGUUUCUUUAUGGCGCCGCUAUUGGGCUCCAUCAGUGAUCGUUGUUACUUGAAAAUGGGUCGUCGUAGACCUAUUAUAACGGUUUUGUCCUUUGGUAUUCUCUUGGGCCUGAUAUUGGUUCCAUAUGGCAAAGAAUUUGGCAUGAUGCUUGGAGAUGAAGGUUAUACGUAUAAUGUUACCGCAGCAAUUGCCUCAAACUUUAGCAUUGCUGAUGGCAGUGUAGCUGCCUUGCUGUCGCCAGAACAAGAAGGUCCUUCACCUUCCAAUUAUAAAUAUGCCACCAUUCUUACCAUAAUCGGUUUGGUUUUAUUGGAUUUCGAUGCUGAUACCUGUCAAACUCCAGCCCGUACUUAUUUGCUAGACAUGUGCAUUCCAGAGGAUCAACCCAAGGCCUUGACCAUGUUUACUUUAUUCGCUGGAGUUGGUGGCACCAUUGGUUAUGGCAUUGGUGGCAUUGAUUGGGAAAAAACAACUAUUGGUACAUUUUUGGGUGGCAAUAUACCCACUGUAUUUGGUUUGGUCACCAUUAUCUUUGUGAUUUGUUAUAUCAUCACUAUAACCACCUUCCGUGAGAUUCCUUUAAAACUGAUUGAGAAGGAUGAACUGUUGAGACCUUUAUCGGAUACUGCCAUUAAAAAGGAACUGAAGAAGUGCAAUUCUAAUGUUUUUUACAUUGAUCAGACCACAACCAUUCAAAAUCAAAUGGAUGAAGAUAAGGCAAAAUAUACCCCCAAUGGAAGUUAUCAAAAUGGCACUGCUGCUAAUGGAGUCAAUGGCGAUUUAGCCACUGGUGAUCAAAUGCAGAUGCAGCAAUAUUCUACCAAAGCCAUACCCGAACUGGAUGACAUAGAGGACGAUAAACCAGUAUCAUUGUCACAAUAUUUGAAGAGUAUUUUUGUAAUGCCACCCUCUAUGAGAAUUUUAGCAUUGACUAAUCUAUUCUGUUGGAUGGGACAUGUAACCUAUUGCUUGUAUUUCACCGAUUUCGUAGGAGAAGCUGUAUUCAAUGGCGAUCCAACAGCUCCCCCCAAUUCUGAGGCUGCCAAUUUGUAUGAGGCUGGUGUUCGUUUUGGCUGUUGGGGCAUGUCCAUUUAUGCCUUUUCUUGUUCCAUUUAUUCGUUAUCGGUUACCAAGCUCAUGAAAUGGUUUGGCACUAAAGCUGUUUAUAUUGCGGGUAUUGUCUAUUACGGCAUUGGAAUGUUGAUCUUGGGCUUGUGGCCCACUAAAUGGGGUGUCCUAGUCUUCAGUACUUCGGCUGGUAUUUUAUAUGGUACUCUGUUUACCAUGCCCUAUAUAUUGGUAGCCAAUUAUCAUGCCAAGAAUUGUUUCGGCAUCCGCAAUGGUGAAACUGUUCCCUUGAAGCAGACUCGUGGUCUUGGCACCGAUGUUGCCAUUAUCAGCAGUGUUGUGUUCAUUGCCCAACUUAUUGUUUCUCUGUGCAUGGGACCCUUGGUGGCCUGGAUGGAGACCACAUGUGCUAUUUUGUAUGCUUCGACAUUUUUGUCUGCCCUUGCUGCCAUUUCAGCCAUGUUUGUUUUAUAUGUUUAAAAACAUAUUUUUUCAAUUAAAUAUCUUUUAAACAUAGAUGAGAGUAAAUACAUACAUACAUAUACAUAUAUAUUUAGCUAUAAAUACAUAUUCCAAACUAUAUAAUGUAAAAUCAUACAUAAUGACUUACAGACAUAGUUGAGUAAUAAUUAAGUUCUUAAAUUUAAAUUUUAUUUUCUUUAAGUUUAAUGUUGUAUUCUUAAGUUUCAAAGUUAUAAAAUCUUAAUUUUAAAUUCCAUUUUCUCAAUAGCUGGUUACAUUUUAUCGCAAUGAUAUAAUGGAAGUGUUCAUAUGAAAUCUAUUUUAACAAUGUGAAUAUCGUUGCGGAAAAACGAUAACCAGACAUUGAGAUAAAUGUUGUAAUUGUAUUAUUUUAAUUGUUAUUAUAAAUAAAUGUUAUUUCGUUCCAAA